CGCCCGAGAGCAUUUCUAUGCGGUCGCGCUCAUUUCGUGGCAGCUCCGCACGCACCGCACUAAUUUCAAAGCGGGGUGCACCCUCGUGUGUGUGUGUGUGUGUGUACGUGUGAGUGUGUGUGCGACGCGCGUGCAGGUCGCGGGAAAUCGCGCUUUAGGUCGCUGCUUCCCGGCGGUUACGACGGUCGUCGUCACCCGUACCGAGUCGCGAACGAGGUCACGAACGAGAGAGAGACAGAUAGAUAGAUAGAGAGAGAGAGGGAGAGGAAGUGGUGAUUCGCACGGAGGUGGUGGGUCCCGGAGGUGGUUUGUAGAGGAGGCGGCGGCAGCGAGACGAGUGACGAGGACGACAGUGGAGACAACGGCGGUGGUGUGUCGCGACGGCCGCGGCGACGCGGCGGAAGGGAUCGACGAGCCGAGGGAUUGAUACCACGCGUGCAUGCGAUGUUAGCCGCUUACGCACGGCAGCAGCAGCAGCAUUCGAGCAGGCGACGUUACGUUACGUUGUUAUCCCGGUGCGUCUACGCGCCACUCCGAUGCGAUCGUCGUCAUCGUCGUCAUCAUCACCGUCGUCAUCAUCAUCAUCAUCGCUCCGUGCUCCGAUAAAAUCGUCACAGUGCGAUCGUCGUCGGUGUGAAGCGUCAUCGUCGCAGCAGCAGUAGAGCGGGACACCCACACGCAGUGUCCCCACGCGCGUCAUUAUGUUCUGGACGAAUAAUUACGUGUCAUCGCCGCAUAUCGAGGCGUUGCUCAACAAGGAGGAUGUCACGUUGCACGAAUUGAUGGACGAGGAGGACAUUCUGCAGGAAUGCAAGAGCCAGAAUAAGAAGCUGGUCGAGUACCUCACAAGGCCCACCGUCAUGGAGGAAUUGGUAACGUUAACCACUAAGGAACCGUCGAUGGACAUCGAGGAACGUUGGCGUUACAAGUAUCCCAAUGUCGCCUGUGAGUUACUCACAUGCGAUGUGCCUACAUUGAACGAGAAAUUGGCAGGUGACGAGGCGCUUCUGGCGAAAUUAUAUUCUUUCAUAGACACCGACGAGCCACUGAAUCCACUGCUCGCGUCGUUUUUCAGCAAAACCCUCGGAGUACUUGUCGCUCGUAAAAGUGACCAGAAUUGGUAUUCCUAUCAGUUCACGUGCUUACAGGUCUUAGAGUUUCUUAAAAGCCGUCAGAAAUGUGUAGAUCUACUGUUGCGGCAUUUAGAGACCUCCGCUAUUAUGGACUUAGUGCUGAAGCUCGUUACUCAGGUGGAAGGCAGUGAUAUGCGUCAAAACAUAUUGAACUGGUUAGAUAGUCAACAUUUAGUGCAGAGACUGGUAAAGUUAUUAGCGCCCAAUUCGGAGCCGGCCAAACACGCUAACGCGGCGCAAUUACUUUGUGAUAUGGUGACGGUGGCGAGGGAGACUCAACGUACAUCCACAGAACGCGCCGAUCCAGAUCCUAUUUUAAAUACUCUAGAAUCGGGUGAAACUGUGAGCCUAUUAUUAGAGACUAUCUUGACAGGAGAGAAACUAGAAAGUAGUAUCGUCGGUGGAAUACAGGUGCUUUUGGUACUUCUAGGACAAAAGGCUAACAACAGCGCGUUAAACGAGGGAGAUGUGCACGCUAACAGCGAGGAUGUCGCGGAUAAUGAGCAACGUAUUAAGAUUUCGGACGCAACUCUACCAUAUCUGGAGCACCUUCACAAGCUUCUUUUGGAUCCACCAUACAAACCCGCAGUGAAGACAACCGUCGGGAUCUUAGAAUGUCCAUUGGGAAAUACUCGUUUACACGUAGCGAAAUUGUUGAUGGCGUUAUUGUCGACGGAGAAUCUAAAGAUCCAUGAAAGUUUAGCAACUUUGGGAACAUUCCAAACAUUGUUGGAUCUGUUUUUCAAAUAUACGUGGAAUAAUUUUUUACACACACAAGUACAACAGUGCCUGGCCUUAGCUAUUAAUUGCGGACAUCGGGAUACUAAUGAUAUUAUUUAUAGUAAUAUAUUUAUCAAGUGCAAAUUAAUAGACAGAAUUCUAGAAGCCUGGGACAAAAACGAGAGUAAACAGAACAAAGAAAACGGCGUCCGGCAGGGCUAUAUGGGACAUUUGAUUAAUAUCGCGAACGACAUCGUCACUCAGUGCGAGAAGAGUAAUAUAUUGGACAGCUUCCUAAAGAAUAAUUUGCCACCCGAGUGUCUUAGUAAGUGGGAGAAGCUUGUGAGUACACAGUUAGUGGAGAUCAAUAAGAUUCAUCAGACUGUAAUGAUGGGUGAUCAGAAUCAAGUGUACCUGAUGAGUUCCGAGGAGAACCCAGACGAGUACAACUCUUAUUCGCAGGAGGCGUACAUCCAACAGAUGUACACCAACUACCAGGGCCAGCAAAUAACGCCGCCUUUCAUUGAGAAUUUCGGUUUCCACGACGACGAGUUCAACGAUGGCGACGAUGCGCUGCAUAAUCCAGUUGACCAAUUAACAACGUUGGCCUUUACUCUCAGUGAAGAAGAUCUCGACAAGCGAGAAGAUAUGUUCAAUAAGCUGUGCCAACAAAAGCAGAAAGCCGGUCUCGAGGACUGCGGCGGCGGAGUCGAGUGGGGCGACGAGGGCGAGCUGACAUUCCAGACUGUGGUGGACAAGCGGGACUGGCAUUCCAAGCAGCAGCAUCAGGACUCCAGUUCGUCGGACGAGGACGACGAGGACACGCGCGACAUGCAUAUGGAGGUCGACGCUACUGAUCCUUGGGACACCGCCGAGCCGUUAACCUCCGGCACCGCCCUCCCGCCGGUCAAUCCCUGGGACGUGGUGCCGUCCGAGCCGAUGGAGUCCACCGGCUGGGCGAAUUUCGACAACUUCGAGAACUCCCUGAGCAUAGAAAACAGCGCCGCGUGCGAGAACAAUAAGAAGCCGCGCGACGACGACGAGGAGCUCAAGGAGAAGAAAUCGGAGGACCCGAAGGAGGACACCAGCGAGAACAUCGGGAGCGGCGAUAAGAAGGGUAAGGACUCUUCUUCAGUGAGCAGCAACGCCGAGGUAAUCGGACCUGUGCUGUCCACCACCGUCACCACGGAGGCCAAUUUCAAUCACAGUAAGAGCGACGAGGACGGGACGAUCCACGUCGUGGCGGACAGGAACGCCAAUCCCAGCAAGCCGCCGGCUACUAACAGCGAUGUUGGGAGCGCGGAGGACAAAGCUGUGACAAUGAAGACAGCGGAUGACGCUAUGAGCGAGAAUCCGCCGCAGGAAGCAUAUUCUCUUCAGGUUCCCCCGAACGCUCCGAGGAGCAGCGCCGCCGACUCUGCGCCGACCUCGAAAGACGCCAAGUGAAAAACCAACGUUCCCUUCCCAUCCCUGCGCUCCCCUUCCCUCCCCCCCGCCACCCCCCACUUGCCCUGCCUAUGUUAGACGAAAUGAUAUGGCAAUAGGAAGAGAGAAAAUCAUAUCAGUAUCGAGUUGUAAACGACGAGGAAGAACGAUCGGAGCAUAUUUAACGCCCUCUAUUUUCAUUAGAACACACACACACACACACACAAUAUCCGCGUGUUGAUUAUGUGUUUUUAAAGGGAGGAAAAAAGCAGAAACAAGGAAAAAAGAAAAGAAGAAAAGAAAGGAACGUGUUGACGCUCUGGGCGCAGUACAGUCCCGUUGCAGGGUAUCUCGAAUAAAUACGAAUGCCGAAUCCACCUAACCAUCGACCGCUCAAUUACCGUUUAGCGAAUAAUUUGGUGUUUAUUACGUAUACGUAUGAGAGAGAGAGAGAGAGAGAACAAAAAAAAGAUAUAUAGAUCCCGCCCUGUAUCUCUCGACAUAACCCCCCUCCCCCCCUUUCCUGAACCGCCAACGUCGCUCGCACAGGUUCGCCUCUCGCGGAAGUGAAGUCUCUCCCGCGUACAUACAUAUAUAUUUUACAACCAUAUUGUUAAGGGUUUCGUAAAACAAAAGAAAAGAAAGAAACUGUUAUACGUAAAGUGAUGAUGAAACUGGUCUCCGUUCGAAAUGGAGGAGAAAGGAGUAGCAGUGGAAGAAAAAAAAAAGGAAUCGCGAUUUCGCGCUACAUCACGGAUUAUAGACGAAAGAAAAAGAGAGAGAGAGAGAACGGAGAGAGACAUCCGACGAAUUUCGCCGUCGCUUGAUCGGCUCCGUUCGUCCGUUUGAAUUUGAUUUCGCGGGACGCGCACGUUUACACACACAUUAUUACGAACGAAUGAGAGGCGCGACGGUGGCGGAAAGUGGCGGGGGAAGGAGAAAGAAAAAAAAAACGAAGGAGAGAACUUACCCCGCGACGUUUCGACCACCGUAAGAUCACCGUGUUUCACGUCGUGAAUUUCGUGAAAAAAAAAAACUGGUACUUUUGCUUAUUCUUUCGAUAAGGCAAAGGUACUUGGGUGCAGUGCCUACUGUUUAACUGAGCGUACGUUAGUGCAACGAUAUGAUACGGGCGGAAAGAUAAAAGAGAGAGAGAGAGAGUGUGCGUGCGCGUGUAUGUGUGGGUUCGUGCGUGUGUGUGAGAAAAUUGUGUAUUUUUAUUACCUUUUGUUAUAAUAUUUGGACAAAAUUUACACGUGAUAUCGUAUGAAACGGGAGCUCUCUCGACGAACUUGCGCGCGCUUACCUUACGUCCCUCAAAGAUAGAAGAAGGAGGAGGGGAGGAGAGAAGAGCGGAAAGAUUUGUAUACAUACGUACGAGUUUAAACGACUGUUACGUAAGUCUUUCACGAGGAUCUUCCAGAAAGAGAGAGAGGGAGGAGGGAGGAUAAAUGGCGUUGAAUCGGCAGCGGAAAAAUACACACAGGAAAACUUACACCUUCUUCGACUUGUUGCGCAUGCUUCGACCGAGCUCUACCUUUAUCAUAUACCUAAUAUCGGUACACAUACCUCUCGUCAUUCUACGGGGAAAAAAAAGAGAAAAAAAAA